AUUUAAUAACUAUAAUAGCAGAAUGCCAAAUUAAUUCAGAAUAGAUAAAGUAGUUGUUUGUUGAUCCUCAUAUGGCAUUUCAAAUGUUAUCCUCCAAUGGACAUGAUAUCGAUUAAUCAGAUAUUAAAAGGUUCAUCUCUCUUAAUGAUGAAGAAAUCAAACAUCUCAUUAGCUAAUUCAAUUCCAACUCAGAAACAAGAUUUACAUAUGCAGAGUAAUCCUUCAUAUUAUUAUAUAGUUUUAUUAAUUCCUUAAAGCUUAAUAACAACAACAAUGUAAGAGAAGCACUUAUUAAACUGUUGUAAUAGGAGGCAAUCAAUUUUAAGUAAAUUCUUUGUGUUUUCCAUAGAUUUUAGUAAAGUUUAAAUACUCAAAGAAGAUAGUAAUUUCAAUCCUACUGAAUUAUUUAAUUAGAUUGAUUAGUUUGGCAAAGGUUACAUUACACACAGAACUUUAAAAAAAUGUACAAAUUUAUCUAACGACUACAUCUCGGCUUUCUUUAGAUUUCUCGACAAAGAUAAUGAUGGCAGAAUUUUUGAAAGUGAAUUUUUAUCAGCCUUCAAAACCUCAUAAAAACAACAACAAUUAGCUGUUUAAUACAAAGAUUUAAGAUAAAGUUAAGAAAAAGAAAAAUAAAUAAUUUAAUAAUGUUAAUAGAUCUAAUAAAAUCUAUAAAUGAAUGAAGAAAAAAAUAGCUAAUAAAGAAUUAAAUAAGUCUAACAAUUAUUAUAGAGUAGAUAAAACCUAGAUCGCUCUAAAGGAUAAAAUUCAUAUUCCUCCUUACUUAAAGUAAGAUAAUAAUUACUUUAAAUUGACUAUAUCAGAAGAAAUUCUCAACGUGAAACCUUUGAAAGACUUCUCAAAUAUUAACAUCAAUUAAUUAAAAAUAUAAAAGAGAAGAAUGAAGAAACUACAUAAAAAUAGAAGAAUCUUAGUAGUCUCCAUGAUCAAUUAUAUACUAUGAGAACACAAUAAGAUUUAAGUCUUAAAAGAAAACGAGAGUAUAGUAUUCAUAGUUAAUCUUAAUUAUGA